CACCACCAUGGCCUCUGCCCCUGACAAGUCCUUGUUAUCGGCUGAGUUGCAGGGGGAGGAAGAAGAGGAGGAGUUCAGACGCCUUCUGCUCCAGGCAACCCAGAAGAUCCAGAGUGCCGCUCCCCCUCCAGCGGACUGCAAGCCCAUCCGACCGCUUCCAGGGCUCUGCCUGAAAACUCACACUGAUGCAGGCGAGAAAAUCUUCGUCAACGUCUGCAGAUCCCCUCACAUCCCGCCCCCUCCCGACCUGACCAAUGAAGAGCUUGAGUGCCUCAUUGAGUCGGACCAUGCCUCCACCUUCCGGAUCCCCAUGAGCCUGGGAGAGCCCCAUGCGGAAGUGGACAAGGGCGGUCACGGUUGCACUGCGUAUGACGUCACCAUCAACACCGACUUCUUCACCAAGGUGGAGAGCAACCGUUUCCUCAAAGAGUUCUUCAUCACAAUUGUUUUGGAAGGAUUAUCAGACAAAUACAAGAUGGAGAUCAGCCACGCAGAAUGGCGCAUUCUGAAGAACAGGAAGUUUAUGGGCUCCAUAUCAGAGCAAACCAUCCGCACAAAAUCCAAACCCAUCAUACAGGAAAUGGAUAGCAGCCAAACCCAGGAGACAACCAGGAAACCUUUGCAGCCCUUUCACGCCCAGAGUUCUGCCGCAGUUCCCGACUUUGCCAUCAUCUCCCGGCCGCCAAGCCACCCUGAAUGCCUGGUUGCAAAAAUCAGCCUCCCUAAAACGAACUCGGUGAGGUCCCUCGAACUGGACCUGGGAGAAGAUCGAAUUGUAUUACAAGACCAUCCUGGCCAUUAUCACCUGGACAUCUUCAUUCCUUACAGCAUCAUCCCCGAGGAAAGUCAGGCCCAGUUCCACAAAAAAACCAGGAGCCUAACCGUGACUAUGCCUAUCCAACACCCCUCGCCGCUGUUGCCAGUGCCGGGCGGCCAACCCGGCAAUGCUGUCAUCUCAUAGGCUGGAACGCUGGUGUGA